AUGAUCGAGAGGCAAGCUGAGGUGUCAUCGGCGUUAAUCAAGGUACUGCGCACAGACGGAGGAACCGAAUUCCUAAACAAAGACUUUCGGAAACUAGCGCGCAAUCAAGGCAUCCUCAUGCAGCACACGACACCAUACACGUCGUUCCAGAACGGAGUAGCUGAAAGGAAUAUCCGAACCGUGACCGAGACAGCAGCUGCAAUGCUCGUGGACUCAGUUGACCCCAGCGCAGAAGAUGAUGACAUCGUUGACGAAAGUGGUGAUGAUGAAGAAGAAAUUGAUCAACAGAACCAGCAAGAUGAUCGUGAAGGUGCAUUCCCUUCGGUGCUAGCCGCAAAGCUGCCGCAGUGGACGCAGUGGAAACAAGCAAUUGACGAAGAAGUGGAAACGCUGUUUGCCAAUAGGACAUUUGAAUGGGUACACCCUCCUGCGGGCGUACGAGUUCUCGAUCAUACGCUGCAAUUUCGCUUAAAGACAGGGGCUGAAGGAAACGUGGAGCGCUUCAAAGCGCGCCUCUGCGCUCGAGGCGACAAGCAGUUGUGGAUCAUACAUUUCCUCGAAACCUACGCGCCAGUCGCCGGACUAGUCACAGUUCGAGUUUUCUUCGUGAUUGUGGUGAAACUCAAGCUGCGAGUACGUCAAGGUGACGUGCCUGCUGCUUACGUGAAAGCCAACCUUGCGGAAGAGCUUUAUAUGAAACCAGUUCCGGGAUAUGCACAGCGAGGUGACGAUGGGAAGGUUUGGCGGCUUCGAAAAGCCUUGUAUGGUUUGCGUCAAGCCAGACGCGAAUGGAACAAGGAAAUUAACGCGUUCUUGGUUGACUUUGGUCUAACACCAACCCAGAGUGAUCCUUGCCUAUACUACACAUACGUGGCAGAUACUCUGUUGCUCGUGUGCGUGUACGUGGACGACAUCCUAGUUGCACAUGAGCAAGAAGAACAAUGCUUCCGUCUUAUGAAAGCGCUCAACUUGCGAUACCAAGUCAAGGAUAUGGGCACGCCACAUCAGUUCCUGGGUAUGAAGGUGGAUCGCACUGCAGACGACAUGAUAUUAGUGAGUCAGACCGCCUACAUUGAUGAGGUGCUUCAUCGCUUUGCGAUGGACGAAAUACGGCCAACGCACCUACCCAUGGUGGCAAAUACGAGACUGGACUUCGCGGAUGACGGUCCGACAGAAACGGAGCGCGCGAUCAUGGCAAAAUUUCCGUAA